CUUUCCCACUUCCCUCGAUAGUUCCCUCCCACCAACGCACACUCUUUCUCUCUCUAGCUUUAUGUAUAUACGAUUAUAUUAUAGUAAUAUACAACGCCGUUAGGUAUCAUACGCUUCUCUCCGUUUCCCUUCCCCUCACUCCUCUAUCUCCUGUUCCCUUCUCUCUCUAUACACGAAAAUCAGAUUUUAUAUCUGCAGUCCGUACUCACUCUUAUUCUCCGGUGACCGGCCGAUUGCUCCAUCUAUCUCCUCCAACUGAACUCUUCUCUCUCUACAAUGCAACACAAAAUCCCUCAAAAAGGCGGCCGAGAAGACACAAAAGCAAAGCAAAAGUAGGAGAGUCGGAGAGCAAAAAGGCAUUCGAAAGUAUCCUAUUCCUUUUAUCAUGGGCUGCUCUGCUUCUCGUUCCCGUGCCCUCGUCACCGGACGCACCACCGACGAACAACCCUCCAACUCCUCUUCUUCUUCUUCUUCUCACUCUUUAUCUUCCUAUUCAGAUUCUUCUUCAACCCCAGUCUCAAGAACUCUCUCUCUUCCGACCCCUCUCGUCCACCACCCACCGCUCCGCAAAGGCGACACCAACCACUUGGUCUCUCUCACCUCCACCACUUACGGCUCUCUCGUCCUUGUUGACCCCAUUUCCAACCCUAACCCUAACCCCAACCCCAACCCCAAUUUGAAAGGUCAUGAUCGUACCAAUCGCUCCCCAUCUUCGACCCACAUCACCAAAACCCUAACUGACCCAAAUGAGCCUUCAUCGCCAGACUCUGUUAUCAAUACAUGGGAACUCAUGGAAGAUCUUGAUGUCUUCGAGUAUGACUUCAUCCCCUCCACAGAACCAAAUUCAUCGAUUUAUGAUUGUCCAAUCAAGUCCCCUCAAAAGGAGGCAGCUUGCGACUCGUCUGAGUUGGUGGAAACUUUCGAAAUAGUAGAACAUACGGAUUCGAAGCCGUUAUGGAAGCAUUUAUCAGAGGAAUCUUUGCUAGCGAAGAUGGACCCGGAUGUGGUCUUGAGUUACAGGCAAGCAUUGUCUUCUAGACAAUUGGGUUGCAAAGAUACAAAGCCCAAAACAGUUCGACCUUUGGUAUGUAGUAGUGAUGUGAGUUCUAUGUCAUCUAAUAGUCAAUUCUAUUUACCGGGGACAGAAGAUAGAAUUGUUUUGUAUUAUACCACUUUGAGAGGAAUUAGAAGGACUUAUGAAGAUUGCUGUGCGGUUCGGACGAUUUUAAGGGGCUAUUGUGUGUCUGUAGACGAAAGGGAUAUUUCAAUGGAUUCGGCAUAUCGGAAGGAGUUGCAGAGUGUGUUUGGAGGGAAGGGGAUGAGUUUGCCUCGAGUAUUUAUUCGAGGGAAGUACGUUGGGGGCACAGAUGAGAUUAAGCAACUUCAUGAGGUUGGAGAAUUGUCAAAGCUUUUGGAAGGUUUUUCAAUUCGGGAUCCAGGGUUUGUGUGUGAGAGCUGUGGGGAUGCCAGGUUCAUACCGUGCCCAAAUUGUAAUGGGAGUCGAAAGGUUUUCGAGGAAGAUGAUGGGAAAGUGAGGAGAUGUCCCGACUGCAAUGAGAACGGGUUGAUCCGGUGCCCCAGCUGCUGCUCUUAAUGUUGCUACCUAUGAGUUAUGCAUAUGUUUUGGCAUUUAUCACGAGGCUUUUUUAAAGAACACUACAACUAAGGCUGUGAUCCCUCUUUGCUAGGGUUUUAUUUGAAACUUCUUUAAUUAUUUUAAUUUUUAGAUUUGUCUAUAUUAUCUAGCUUUGGAUUUUCGAUAUUCUUGUUCUCUGUCUCUCUGAACAAGAAGAAAAAAAUAAGAAAGUAGCAUCUUAUGCCUGUGGCCCUUUAAUGGAGAAGUUUGUGAAGUUUCUGCAUGUUCAUUGCUUAGUGACAUUGUCUGUCAAUUUGGGAACAUAACUUGUGUGACUGGUUAUGGUCAACUAGAUGACUAUUUUGGGUCGGUAACAUUUAAGUUGGAUUUUGUUAUAAUGCAUUCUUCUAUGUUUCUAACUUUGUUCCCCUUUUUGUCCUCUCCUUGCAUUAUUUAUGGUCUAUUGAGUUUUUAGAGGUAGGGAUGGAAAGGAAAGCACAAAAGAAAAGAGAGAAAAAUGAAACGUUCUCUCUUGUUCGGUUGUCCAAGGAAAAUUAGAGUGAUUAGUAUUAUUUUUUUUCCUUCCCCUGCUGGAGAAAGAUGAAGAGAAAAUAAACUACAAUAGUAGCCAAAAUAGGGUUUUUUUUUUUUUUUUUUUUUUUUUGAACUUCCUCAAUAUUUCUUUCAAUCCUCUUACUUCCAAGAACUGAUAAGAGUCGUGGCCAGAUUCUCUUUUGGUUUGAGAUGAUGUUUGACGAACGACAAUUCUUAUCUUUUUGAUGAUAAACCGUCAGGUUGUCGUUGCAUAUCCGAGUUAAUUGUUAUAUUAUUUUGUGAAAUGUCCAUCUGUUAGAUUAUUGAUUAUGACAAAAUCUCUGUUUUAGAAGAAAUAUGAAUACUUAUUAUGAGAUGAUUCCUUUCCUAGAUGCAAUUGUUUCAACUCUCUGAAAUGUAUUAAAUAAAAUGACAUUUGAAAACGCCUUUGGGGUUUGAAGGCAUGAAAGGGAGGCCGGGAAAAGUAGUGUCCUUGGUAGUGGAUGCUAUGCAAGCACCAAGUGAACAAAGAUAUCACAACACCUAUACAGUUGCUUUGAGAUGGAUUUCUUGCUGAAGAAUGUUAUUAUUGUAGUAGUAUGAAGAAUGUUAUUAUUGUAGUAGUAAAGACUAAAGAACAUGCUAUGUCAUUAAAUUUGGCUGAAGCGUGAAGGUAUGCUAUUCCACUUUCAUCCUUAUGAUUCUUCGUGUAAAGCUUUUCAACUGGUUUCACUUUGAUAUUUUUUUGAAUGACUUUGUUCUAAUUUUCGACCAAAGAGGAAAAUGGAAGUCCUUCUUAUGCUUUCUUAAGUUCCAGAUUUUUAGUAGAUAUGCAAGUUGUAUCCUUAUGAGUUGAUUGUUUCUAUGAUUUAUCAUAUGGGUGAAGCAGAAUAUAUGAUUUAGCAUUCAUUAUUUUCUGGGACUGAAAUCAAGUCCUUCUCUGGUUUGCAUUUUUGAGGUCAUCAUAACAUGACGAUAGCUGCGUUGUAUUCUUUGGAAUUGUUGCUAUGGUAUCUCGUUAUAGGAAUUUGCAGAAUUCGCCAUGUCAAGAAUCUUUCGGAUUAAGAGAUGAUUUAAGUUCUAUCACUAACAUCUAUUAUUUAUUUGAUAUAAUCCUUGACAUAGAACCCAUCUUUUGUACACGCCCUUGAAGAACACUUCGUGUACAAUGGAGAUCUAUCAUAAAAAAGGGAAACAAUGGGGAUUAUGGGUACAAGAGGCAGUAUGCUGCUGCUGAGAAGUAGCUUGAAGAUGUAUUGGAGUCAUUUUUUUGCCACAACAGAGUCAAAUCUUGCUGGUCCUUUUCCUUUUCUAUCUAAUAACAUUUGGGAAUCAGAUCUUUCGGAUGGUGAUUUUUUAAGCACAGACUUUUAUAAUGGCUUGAUUGGACUAUUUACAUACUUCUUCAUGGCAGAGAAACUGAAGCCUGGAAAUGAACUAAGGAUCACACCUUCUGUAAUUUCCACCAUCUUCAUUGCCUUUGCCAUUCUAGGAGUCUCUUCUUUUUUGCACAUGGCAUUGCGACUUCCUUUGGCAGCAUCUAAUUUGGAACUUAUAUUGAAACCCAUAUUUUUACCAGGACGUUCUUGGAUUCAUUGCUGCUAACAACCAACGCACAGCAGUGAUUUCCAAUGUAUGGAUUUUAGUGCGAACUAGAUGAGUUGAUUUACCUAACGUUGAGGGGCUCAUUUCUUUGACCACUCCCCAUUUUUGUCGCGUUGCUUAUCCUGUUAUUGCAAAAGGCUUAUCAGGAGCAUUUCUUUAAGCUCCCUGUUGUUACUUUAUUCACAUCAUUUCUUCAUUUCUAUGAUCUGACCCUUAUCAUCUUCAUGAUUCAAAUUGUAUCUCAUGGUUAUCAUUUUAUCUUUCAGUUCUAAACUUUAUAAUAUUCUGCACGUUUGAAUGGGCUGGUCAGAGCUGAUUUAUUAUGUAAUGCCAAAUACUCCUGCUGAUGUAGGUGAGUUUGCGACUGGUAACAGUUUUUUAUCCUCUUCGCAUGGCGUUAGUUUUUGUUUUUUCUUUGUUAUUGUCAUUAAAUGGACAGAGAUUGGUCUAUUAUCGCACUGAAUUUUAUGAUGAUUUCUUGUUAUUGUCUACUUUAAUCAGAGUAUAAUAUGCAUGGGACAGCCCGGCUGUACUGAAAAUUUCCUUGUUUUCUAUUAAUCUUAUUUUUUAAACUAAGAUUCCUCUAUAUGUAAAUCAUUGCUCAAAAUUACAUAUUGCUAACUAGAAGAAUACAAUUGCGUGGAGGAAGGUGAGGAGAAAGUAAACUGUAAUAGACUAGGAGUUCUAAGAUCAUCCCUCAUUGUGGAAAACCUUAAUUGCUGCAAUAACAAAGUAAAUGAGGGAAUAUAAAAUCUCCUGAUGUUUUUGUCAGUGUCUUUCCCAUCACUUUUCAUAGCAACUAAAUCAGGGAAAAAAAAUGAAAUUCCUUGAUAUUUCUUUCCAUCUUCCUUAUUUCCAAGAACCAAUCAGAGUCAUAUAGACAGGUUCUCGCUUCGCUUUAUGAUCAAGUUUGAUGAACUACAUUUCAUCUUUUCAUUGUCAUGUUAUUAUUAUUAUUUUUUUUUUUGUA